AUGCGGGCGACGACGACGACGACGACGACGACGACGACGCGUCGCCCGUCGACGCGCGGGUCGAGACGCGGACGAAGAGACGUGAAAAAUGGCGCGACACGAAUGAUUGCGCUGCCGACGACGACGACGACGGGCGCGAGGCGCUGGACCCGGCGCGAGGCCCUGCUGGGAGACGAACAGGAUCGUGAGCUGUGGAACGACGCGUCGGACGACGACGAUGGGGCUGCGGGGACGAAGACGACGCGCGAGGGCGACGAUUCGCUGUGGGAGCGCGUGGGGUCGACCGAGGCGGCGACGGCGUUCGAGAAGCGAACGACGCGAAAGACGAAGAGCGAGCGAGAGGCGGAGGAGUUAUUCGCGGAAUUGGAAGAAACGCUUUUUAAGGUUGAUAGGGACGCGCUGCAGAUACAAAAGGCUGAUUUCACGGUGAACAGCGUGAUCGAUAAAAUCAACCGAGGCAAGGUGAACCUGCGGCCGAGUUAUCAGAGGGAGUACGUGUGGACGGUGCGAACGGCGAGUAAGCUGGUGGAAUCAUUAAUCUUGAACAUUCCCAUCCCAACCAUGUUCUUUCACGAGACCCAGGGGGGGAAGCUCGAGGUUGUGGACGGGAAGCAGCGGUUGACGUCCAUCUGGAGCUUCAUCCAAGGUGAGUUCCCCGAUGGGUCUCCGUUCAAGCUCACAGGUCUGGAGGUGUACGAAGAGUUGAACGGGAAAACCUUCACCGAUCUGCACGAGCGAUUCCAGGAGACCAUCCUAGAUUAUCCGCUGAACGUGCACACGAUCUCGCGGUCGUCUCAGCCAGAUUUCGUCUUCGAGGUCUUCGAGCGUCUGAACAUGGGUGCGACGCAGCUCAACGAGCAGGAGUUGAGGAACUGCAUCUAUCAAGGGAUGUACACCGAUUUGCUCGAGGAUUUGGUGCAGAAUGAGCACUUGCUGCAGAUUUAUAAAUCCAAGACGCCACACCUCAGAAUGCGCGACCGCGAGCUCGUGUUACGCUACUUUGCCAUGCUACGCACGACGCCGGAGGGAUUUUUCAUCCCCAUCAAGACUUGGCUCAAUGAUGAGAUGCGAGAGAACAAGGACAUGACCCCGCAAGACGCGGGUGAGAUGCACGAGUCGUUCACAAGGACAAUCAAGCUCGCGUACAACAUCUUCGGCGACUGCGCCUUCCGACCGACGUCCACCGUGGGCAAGGGGAAGCAGGUGACUGAGGAGGACGUCAGUGGAUUGUUUUAUCGAGAGUUCUUCACCUCGGGCGAGGUCAACGUCGCGCUUUGGGAUACUCUCAUGUACUCUCUCACGAAGAUCAACGCCGAAGAGGCGGCGGCGAAGAAGAGCGCCAUCCUCGCAGCCUGGAUCAACCUGAACAACUCGUCAGAAUUCGCGAAACUCACCGUGAGCAAUCCACGCGCAGUUCAAACCAGAGCGCAACUCUGGCAGGAAAAACUGGAUGAAAUUUUGAACUAG